GUCAACCACGUUCGAUGAAAGCAUGAUACGAGAAAGUGUCGAUGCAGACGCACCGAGCAGGGAGACUGAAGGACGUGGUGCUGUUAAGCACAAGAAACGUAUCAUCACAGACUACAAAGCACCCCCUCCAAAGAUCGGUGAAACCGCGAGGCGGGAAAACGCUGACGCAGAAAUGCUGAGCAUGGCAGCUGAAGGUUGCGAGGAUGCUCCAUACAGGAAUCUCAUCUCCCCUCCAAAGAACGACUCCAAGGUACCCUCAGCCGAAAUCACCGUGGAUUUGACGCCUCCAUCCCCUGCGGAGGAGACAAAGGAUGACAAGCAGCCGUCAAAGGAAGAAAAAUCUGCCUUCAAUCCGUCGUUUACACCCAAGAUCUUACCUCCAUCUCUGUUGAAAAAGAAACGAGUUGCAUCCAUCUAAAUUGCGUGUGUUUGUAUGUUAUUACUAAGACGUGUUUUUCUUUUUUGCGUGGUUAAAUAAAAAUUAUAAAAUGAUUCUGGUUUAUUUCUGUAUCCCCGUUACUUGUUAAUAAACCCCUCGACGGCGACUGAAAAAUCCGAGUGGUAUCCUGGGGAUUCGAACCCGCGUCGUCCACCACGCGGCGAAUGUGAACCCAGUACGCUACCAGUUCGGUCACCGCAUACCCUACACCCUACACGCUCCCUCUUAGACAGAACGAGGCAUGG